AUGAAAGAACAAGCUGAAAGACAUACACCAAGAUUAAUGCUAACACCCAGUUCUUUAAGGGAGGAGCAAUCAGUGGUUGUGGAACUGAAGUGGGGAGCAUUUGCACUGGCUCAUUUUAUACAGCAUCCGGUGCUGGUGGCACAGAAGAAAAUGGUAGUUGCUCCCGUGGAUUAUCUGGUAUUUCAGGCACUAAAGGUGCAAAAUAAAGGCACUGGUGGAGAAAAUACGGGGACUAAAGGUGUUGGUGGUGAUCCUAUAAAUGGUGGAAAUGGUGGAAAAUCUCCCCACGGUGGUGGUGGUGGUGAUAAUAUUGUACUUGGUGGGGAAAAUAUUGGGGAUGGUGUCAACUCAUUAUCUGGUGAUGGGAUAUCUGGUUCUGUUGGUGGGUCAAAUAUUGGAACUAAUGGUGGUGCUGGUGUAAACUCGUUAUCUGGUGGUAUGUCUGGCUGGUCUGUUGGUGGAUCAAUUAUUGGGACUAGUGGUGGUGGAGGUGUGAAUUCAGAUGGAGGUAAUAGCCAUGGAUUUAUUGGCGAUGGGGUCACUUCAGGUGGUGUUGGUAAAGGGACCAGGGGAGGUGGUGGGAAUUCUAAUGGUACUGGAGGAGGAGAGGGUGGUGGUGAUGGAGGGGGAGGUGGAGGUGGAGGAGGAGAUGGAGGAGGUGGUGGUGGUGGGGAAGAGAGCGGUGGUGACGAUGGUGGCGGUGACAAGGGUGGUGGGGAUGUAACAACUUGUUGUGGUGAUGGUACUAAAGGAGGUUGCACAGCUGGUGGUGGGGAAGAGAGCGGUGGUGACAAUGGUGUCUGUGACGAGGGUGGUGGGGGUGUAGCAACUGGUGGUGGUGAUGGGACUACGGCUGGGGGGGAUGGGACUAAAGCAGGUUGCACGGCUGGUGGUGGAGAUAGAACAAGUGGAGGAGGAGAAGGCACUUGA